CCGCAUUUUUGAGGUUCCAAAGAAAUCCGUCCAUCCAUUAAAACCAACCGCUUUGCUAAUGCCAUUGAACGGACACGGAAUCUUUCUCUAUCGGCUUUUUGUGUCUCUCUUUCUUAUAAUUCCCUAUAUCAUAUCCAAGGUCGAGUAGCCCUGUCCCCGAGAAUGGGAUUCAAUUGAAGUAGAUCAUUACUGUUUGGGAACUUCUCCGAAACACUUGAUUGCAUCACGGGGGUUGCACGUGGUCGGCGCCUGCAUACCUUAACCCUCUACGCUCACGCUCACUCCUCCUCCGCCUUCUACCUUGUAGCCUUCAUUCAAGCUCUUCCAUCACACGUGUGAUCGAUUCAAUCCAACCGUGAUGCGUCUAUCCUUCGCAGUGCUGACAGCUGCCCUCCAGGCGGCAGUCAGUACGGCAUCGUCACUGACUCCGCCCGUCCUGCCGCUGAUUGUACGAAAUCCCUACCUUAGUACUUGGCUAGGGAACGCCCGUGAAGCGCCAUGGUCCAAAUGGCCCAUGUUCUAUACCGGAGAGGAAAUAGGUCUCUCCUUGAUGGCACACAUUCCCAGUACGGGGACCGUGUACCCAUUGCUAGGCAAGCCUCAUGAAUCCUUGCCUUCUGAUUUCGACUCACCGAAAGUUAGAUUCCCAACUUACCUUGGAUCUAACUACGACGCAUCCACCACUAAUCUAACUUAUCGCAUUGACUCGGAUACCACAUCGGCCUCUACUCCUCUUGAGAUCACUGUCUCUUUCUUGUCUCCCAUAACGCCUACUUCGACUCUGCGGCAGUCGAUUCCGGCUUCAUAUGUAACAAUUCAUGUCCAUGGUGAUGUAGGUCUCAACAUUUAUAUGGAUGUCAAUGGCCACUGGGUAAGCGGAGAUGAGGGGAGCAAAAUCACCUGGCAAUACGACGGCUUCGAUGCCAAACAUAGUAAGCCUACUCUUCAGAGAUGGCGAUUCAAGAGAGAAACAGAGCUGCUACUAUCAGAGAUCGGUGACCGGGCCGAAUGGGGUACCCUUCACUUUACUGGUCCUGCUGAUGUCCAAUACCAAUCUGGAGAAGCCUUGGCUGUGCGGCGUGGGUUUGCUGCCGAAGGAGCCUUGCGUAAUGAGAUUGAUGACGCUUUCCGUGCCGUCGGUGACCGAGAACCGGUCUUUGCGUUCUCCAAAUCUUUCGCCCCCUCAAAGCAAGCAGGCCCUGCUAGCGACAGCGUGACCUUCACUCUUGCUCUCAUUCAAGAUCCAGUCGUUCAGUAUGCCUCUUCUCGUGGGCUAACUUUGAUGCGACCUCUCUGGAGGUCUUGGUUCACCAAUGAGGAGGCCCUGCUAAGCUUCCAUUACGAUGAUUUGACUAAUGCGGGCUCGUUGGCCUCUGAGUAUUCAGAACGAUUGGCUAAGGAUGCCUACCAGUCGGGAGCUUACGACUAUGUGGACAUCGUGGCCCUUACGGCCCGACAGGUUAUGGGAGCAACCACCUUUGCUGGGACACCCGAGGACCCGAUUUUGUUCCUGAAGGAGAUUUCUUCGAACGGUAAUUUCCAGACGAUAGACGUCAUCUUUCCCUCAUUUCCGUUCUUCCUGUACACCAAUCCACGAUGGUUGGCUUAUCUUCUCGAGCCACUGAUCGAGCAUAUGCUGAGUGGACAAUACCCGAACAAAUAUGCUAUGCACGACCUGGGAACACAUUUCCCCAACGCAACGGGGCAUCCAGAUGGCAACGAUGAAUACAUGCCUGUGGAGGAGUGUGGUAACAUCCUCAUUAUGGGCCUGGCCGUAGUGAAUUCCUUGCGUUAUUCUGAGGAUUCGGCCGCGUCCUCUGUUUGGUCUACUCGGGGUACGGCUUCUCAAACAUAUGAGAAGAAUCCUGGCUACUUCCCCCUCGAUAACCUUCAAGCGCUGGGAGGGAUUGACAAGCAAGACGGAAGGUGGGGCGGCGGCGCCGCAGGCGAACAUUUGGCAGAGAAGUGGGUUCAACGUAGUUACAAACUCUGGAGCCAGUGGACUAGUUACCUGGUGGAAUACUCCUUGGAGCCUGCUAACCAGCUUUCCACGGAUGAUUUUGCUGGCUGGCUUGCUCUUCAGACGAACCUUGCACUCAAAGGCAUCAUCGGUAUAAAUGCUAUGAGCAAGCUAGCUGAAGUGGCUGGACACCGGGCAGAUGCUUCCCAUUAUAAGAAUAUUUCCGAAACCUACAUCGGUAAGUGGGAAGAAUUUGGCAUGUCUCGAGAUGAAACGCAUGCCAAACUUGCUUAUGACUGGUAUGGAUCUUGGACUACGAUUUACAACUUGUAUGCGGAUGCCCAGCUUUGCUUCCACCUGGAGGGCACGGAUAUUUCCCCUGCACACACUGGCCAAAAGCCACUCCGCUUACAAGCCAAGAAGUCCGGAUUUGUUCCACACCACAUCUAUCAGAAGCAGUCUAUUUGGUACCACUAUGUACGUCAAAAGUACGGCCUUCCCCUGGAUAGCCGUCACCUGUAUACCAAGACGGACUGGGAGUUUUUCUCCAUGGCUGUCGCCAGCAAGGACGUGCGUAGCGAGAUUCUCGAGUCCGUGGCUAGAUGGGUGAACGAGACGGUGACCGACCGUCCCUUCACCGAUCUGCAUAAUACAGAGGGCAACGGUGAAUUCCCAGGGCCGAAUUUCUUCGCUCGGCCGGUGAUUGGGGGUCAUUUCGCCUUUUUAGCUCUGCAGCGAGCCUGUGGGGGUCGGGCCAUGGAGGGACUGGCUUUCCUCGACGGCAAGCCUGGCCUUGGAGAUAACUCGGUAGCAUCCGCUGAGACACUUGCUCACUGGGACGCUAUGGCUGCUAAAGCCGCAGAAAGCUUCAAGUCUGACGAGUAUGGACCCGGGAGGGUAGAGCUGUAAUAUUUUGCAGUUCAUAUGUUGUCAUCUCAUCGCUGUAGGUGAAAUAUCGGAACGGACUAGUAACGUUUGGAGUUAGAUAGUACAUAUUGAAUGGGAAUCUCAUGAGGUAGAAGUUAUAGUGUUUGGAAUUAACCUGGCUACGGAUAUAAAGAUGAAGGACUUAUUGUUAUGCCACCCGUA